UUUUUCAAAGAGCCACCUCUCUCUCUCUCUCUCACACACACACACACACUCGCUUUGGCUUUGGCCUAACAGAAUAGAACAGAGAUUCAAACAACAACAGAGACCGACAUCUCUCGCUUUCUUUACUUUCUCGUGUUGUUGUUUUUUGGUACGGUUGCACCCAUAGGGAAGGGAUAAAUAGAUCCUUGGUACAUAUAGUAGAUAAAGAAAGGAAGAAGAAAGAAUAAAAGAAUUGGAAGUGGUGAGGUUGUUUAGGAAUAGAUGGAUGUAGGGAGGGUGGUGUUACUGUUGUGGGUUAUAACGAUUCGAGGUUGUUUAUCAGAUCCAAGCGACGAGGCAUGCCUGACACAGCUAAGCAAGUCGUUACAAGACCCAAAUAAGUCGUUACCGGACUGGAGGGAAGAGAACUUCGCGAAACCCUGCAACGACUCAACCGCAAACCUGAAAGGCGCAACCUGCAACAAUGGCCGCGUCUACAGGCUCACACUUAACAACCUCGCGCUCCGUGGUACUAUAUCUCCCUUUCUGGCUAACUGCACCAACCUCCAAGCCCUUGACCUCUCUUCCAACUUCCUCACCGGACCCAUCCCACCGGACCUACAGUCCCUGGUGAACCUGGCCGUCUUGAACCUCUCCUCCAACCGCCUCGAAGGGGAGAUUCCCCCACAGCUCACAUUGUGUGCGUAUCUGAACAUCAUCGACCUCCACGACAAUUUGCUCACUGGCCCCAUACCUCAGCAAUUGGGCCUUCUGGUUCGGCUUUCGGCUUUCGACGUCUCCAACAAUCACCUCUCCGGUCCGAUCCCGGCUUCCUUGUCGAACCGGAGCGGUAACUUGCCAAGAUUCAACGCCAGCUCGUUCGAGGGGAAUAAGGAUCUUUAUGGAUACCCUUUGCCGCCAUUCAGGAGUAAAGGGUUGUCGGUUUUGGCCAUUGUUGGGAUCGGUUUGGGAAGUGGCCUGGCAAGUCUCGUCCUCAGCUUCACUGGGGUCUGCAUAUGGUUGAAAAUCACCGACCGGAAGAUGGCCCUUGAAGAAGGCAAAAUCAGUCAGCUUAUGCCAGAUUAUUGACAACCUUUCAAUUCAAUAUCCCAAAUCCAAGGUAUCUUUGAUUGAACUUGAUUGUUGAAUCUUGAUGGUUCACCUGAAAAAAAAAAACAAAAAAAAAAAAAAAAACACAGCGACAACAGUAGUGCCGGUACCAGGUACCGUUUUUUCUUUUUUCUUUUUUCUUUUAUAUUUUGGGAUAAAAGUGAGGUGUGGGCUACCCCUAUUUUCUUUGCACUUAUGGGUCGUUCAGAUCGUUGUCUUUUAUCGAUCAAGGGGAAUAUAUUUAUAUUUUCUCUCUUCUUUUUUCCCCCCUAACUAUUUGACAGUUUCAACUUUUCCCCCUUACCAGAUUCUGAGUGGCUCUAUUAUUGUAGUUUCUAUUUAUUGAAUACAAUUAGCAGUGUAUAAAUCUAAA